AUGGACUAUGGACUAUAGGCUAUGGGCUUAAAGCAUAGGGGACUUUUGGUUUCUUUCCUAUUAUGUAUUCUAUGUUUCAGCUAUUGCCGUAUUACAUACUUGAUGUAUUUGGGAGAGUUCCAGGUAUCCCGGGGAUUUUUCUGGCAACAAUCAUAUCCGCAGCAUUGAGUACAGUAUCAUCCUUUUCAAAUAGUGUUGCAACAACGAUGUGGGUGGAUUGGAUAAGUAAAUGUCGUCCUAUGUCUGAAUCCCAGGCAACGGCAUGCACAAAAUUCUUAGUUAUGGUUGUGUCUAUCUUAUCAACGGCCAUCGCUCUCAUUGCUUACAAAAUACCAGGACAGCUUUUACAAGUGAUCAUAUCGCUAGGAUCGGCAUGUGGGGGAAGCACUGCUGGAAUGUACAUAUUGGGAGUAUUUACAAGAAGGUGUAACUGGAAGGGCGCGGUUGUCGGAACAUGGGUCGGUCUUGCAUUUGUUCUCUGGAUAGCAAUCGGUUCUUUUACAAUGAAGCCGAGCUUCAAUCUACAUCAGACACCAAUCAGUGGAUGUACUCCAUUAUCUUACAACACAACCGAUGCAUAUAUGAACGACAGCAUAACAGCGAUUCCUACCUUGUAUACUACUCCCGUUGAUGGAUAUUUGGAUCAAGGCAUUACCUCAAUUUUUACCGUUUCCACGUCCAAACCAAAAGAACAGCCGACAACCAGACCACUAGAUAGGCUCUAUUCCAUAUCAUAUGUUUGGUUUAAUCCCCUUGGUAUUGGAACUUGUUUCGUUGUCGGUAUUUUGGUCAGCCUUUUGACAGGUUUUUCGUCAGCGGAUGACGUCGACAAAAAUACGUAUUUAUCAUGGCCUGACCUUCUUUUGUGUUGGUUGCCUCGUCCGCAAAGGAUAAAGGCGUGGAACAAAUUAGCAAAUGGUGGUAUUGGCAAAAGUAUCGACCACUACUAUAUCGAUAAGUAUGAAAAUUCUCCCAAACCAGACAAAUUAGAAAACUCCAACAAUAUAUGGACAAUGGAAAACUCGACUACUAUAUUGAACGAUGAUGUGUAGAUUUAGAUUUUAGAUUUAUGAACUUUAUUACACAUGCAUACCCAUAAAGGGUCUCAAAAAGGCCAAAUAAGAGCGUUUGGGUUGGACACCGUGACAAUAAUUUACC